AUGCAGCGACUUCAUCAUUCGUUGCUCCAGUUGCGACAUAAAUCCCCAUUGAAAUUCUUCUUUCUGACUGCUGCUUUCAUCCUCGUGUGCACAUCUCUCCUGUUCUAUUCGAGACCUGGCGAUGCCACUUCUUCCUCAAACGAUGACCUCGUUCACCCUCUCCCUUCCAACAGCAACAGUACCGACAGCAAGGAUACUUGCUAUGUUGAUAUCGACGCCCUGAGAUCAUACGGGUACAAUUCAUCCGCCCAAUACGCUCGACUCGAGAUUGCCGUCGAACGAACAGCGAACUUCUCGGGAUUCUCCGAUACCCUCGAUGCCCGCUUCCCCAAAUACCAGUCUGUUCGUCUGGAUCAAGUCGCCCAUCGGGAACCGUUGCCGCAGAGAGUAUGCUCUCCUGCGGUGACCAUCCAGGCCCCGCUGCCGGUUGCACCCCCCAACGCGUCCCACAUCCUCUUCGGCGUUGCCACGACCCUGGAUCGAUUGGAGGAGUCCCUGGAUGCGUUUGCGCACUGGGCGGCCGGUACCGAGACCCGGAUCUAUGCCUUGGUGGAGGAGGAAGUUUUGUCGUCGGUACAGAGGGUCCAGCGACUGGCGGAGGCAAAGGAUAUCCGUCUGGUCAUCAUUGAUCGGGCAGAUGAACGGCUCGAUCGGUACUUCUAUCUACUCCGCGUCCUACUCAAGUACCGCGACGCAUCGACGCAAUGGGCCGUCCUGAUCGACGAUGAUACCUUUUUCCCGUCGAUGAAGAACCUGGUGGAUCGGCUCGCAACAUACGACGCGAGCAAACCACAGUACAUCGGAGCUCUGACGGAGGAUCUCGCGCAGAUGUUUAGUUGGAGCUUCAUGGCGUACGGAGGGGCUGGGAUCUUUCUCUCGAUGCCAAUUCUUGAGCAGCUCGACAAGGUCUAUGACGAGUGCAAUGCCUUCAAAACCACCGGAGAUCGUCGGGUCGCCAUGUGUAUCUACGAGCACACGACCACGAAGCUCACGUGGGACCGUGAUCUGUACCAGCUGGAUCUCCGCGGCGACGCAUCUGGCUUCUACGAGUCUGGCCGCCCGCUGCCGCUCUCGGUGCAUCACUGGAAAUCGUGGUUCCAGGCCGACAUGGUUGGUCUGGGCCAGGUGGCGGCCAUCUGCGGCGACUCCUGCCAGCUCCAUCGGUGGCGGUUGAAGGACCACUGGUUUCUCGUGAACGGCUUCUCGAUGGUCCGGUAUACUUCGCCGGAUCCAUCCGACUUGAUGGAAAAGACCUGGGAGGAUAGCAAAUACCGCGGCGGCGAUGGCUUCGCAUUCAGCCUUGGUCCCUUCCGAGGGAAGGACGAAGGCAAGGUAUCCUUUCGCCUGCGCAGCGCAUGGCAGCAGGCAGGGACUGUGCGACAGAUCUAUGUUCAUGAUCUGGGGCCUGAGAAGCCUCCGGAGGUGCUGGAGGUGGUGUGGAAACCUGCGUCUGCGUGA